AGAAAAUGAGGAAAAAGAACUAUGAUUUCGGUGGAAGCUUAAAAUAGUUGAGACGAGUACGAUGUUUGUUUAGAUGAAGAUGAAGCCACGGAGACGUGAAAUCGACUACAGAACGAGAGAGACGAGGCAAAUCGUGAAAUCUCAUUGUUGAUUUGAUGCUGUUUACAGGAACGAUUAGAAAAAGUGAAGAGAUCACGGCUUUAGAUGUCGACGGAGGAGUGGUAUUACCUGAGCGACGAAGCUAUGGGGUGGGGAUGGUCGAUCUGCGAGGGAGUGGUGGCGGUGGGUUCGCUGUGCCUACUCGGAUGGGCGGGGUUAUGGUUCUUGAAUCAAAGACUCUACAAGGAGUACGAAGAAAAGCAAGUCCUCGUCCAAAUCAUAUUCAGCGUUGUCUUCGCGCUCUCCUGCAAUCUUCUUCAGCUCGUUCUGUUCGAGAUCAUUCCUCUUCUGUCUAAAGAGGCAAGAUGGAUAAACUGGAAGGUGGAUUUGUUCUGUUUGAUACUCUUACUGGUUUUCAUGUUGCCUUACUAUCAUUGUUACUUGAUGCUUUGCAAUAGUGGUGUAAGGAAAGAGCGGGCUGCUCUUGGAGCCAUGUUAUUCUUACUGGCGUUUCUUUAUGUUUUUUGGCGAAUGGGCAUCCAUUUUCCAAUGCCUUCUCCUGAUAAAGGCUUUUUUACCAUGCCUCAAUUAGUCAGCAGAAUAGGGGUGAUUGGGGUCACUGUGAUGGCUGUGCUAUCUGGGUUUGGAGCUGUAAAUUUACCUUACAGUUAUUUGUCUCUCUUCAUCAGAGAGAUUGAGGAAACUGAUAUUAAGGCCUUGGAAAGACAACUAAUGCAAUCCUUCGAGACUUGUAUUGCAAAGAAAAAGAAAAUUAUUCUUUCACAGAUGGAGAUGGUGCGAGUUCUUGGCUCGGAAGAGAAUUCCAAGUCUGGAUCUUUCUUUAAACGUCUGGUCGGUACUGUCGUUCGAUCAGUACAAGAGGACCAAAAGGAGCAAGAUAUUAAGAACUUGGAAGCAGAAGUACAAGCUUUGGAGGAGUUAUCAAAGCAGCUAUUCCUGGAAAUCUAUGAACUUCGUCAAGCUAAGGAGGCUGCAGCUUAUUCACGUACCUGGAGAGGUCACAUGCAAAAUCUACUCGGCUAUGCAUGUUCGGUCUACUGCGUGUAUAAAAUGAUCAAGUCUUUACAAAGUGUUGUUUUCAAGGAGGCUGGUUCAGUUGAUCCCGUGACAAUGACGAUCAGCAUAUUCUUUCAAUUCUUUGACAUCGGAAUCAAUUCCGCAUUAUUGUCUCAGUAUAUAUCCCUACUGUUCAUUGGCAUGUUGGUCGUAAUAUCGGUACGAGGUUUCUUGACCAAUCUAAUGAAGUUCUUUUUUGCAGUUUCUAGAGUCGGGAGUGGAUCCUCAAGCAAUGUUGUUCUUUUUCUCUCUGAAAUAAUGGGAAUGUAUUUUGUUUCCUCCAUCCUUUUGAUAAGAAAAAGCCUUGCAACAGAGUACAGGUUGAUCAUAACAGAUGUAUUAGGGGGAGAUAUCCAGUUCGACUUUUAUCACCGAUGGUUCGAUGCGAUCUUCGUGGCCAGUGCAUUUCUUUCUCUACUUUUGCUUUCUGCAUAUUAUACAUCACGGCAGGCUGACAAACACCCAAUAGAUUGACUCAAAAAAGAUUGAGAUACCACGUAGGCUGGAUUCCGGCCUUGUCUGGAUGCGUCGAGUGCAGUAAUAACGAAGAACAUUGGCAUCGUAAUCUUGUCAAGCAGAGAAAAGAUGAGUUUCUUGUAUCUAUGCUUUGUUUUUUUGAGCUGUGAUGGUCUGUAAUGGGAUACCUGUUGUGAUAGAAAGGCAUAGGAAGUAGGAAGAAUCAUUGUUUGCAUCUUUAUUCCCUCUUUGAUGCUCUGUGUUUACUUCAUAACUCCUUUGAAAUUCUGUUCUAAAUAUUCAGAUGCUUACACUUUAAAGUU